CAAAUUCCUCAUUCUAGUGAAGAAAUUGAGGGAGUACUAUUUUCUUUUCUUUUCCUUUCAAAUUCCUUGAACCAAACAUAGUGUUAAAGAAAAGGUAGCGGACUUAUUAUAAUUUCCCAAAUUUUAGCGAUAGGGUUGUAGAGUUGAUGAAUGCUAGAGCAAACUUUUCUAGAUUCGGGGAAGAAGAAGAAAAAAAGAAAUAAAUCUGCUCACUAAUGGCAGCUCUGGUAUCAAAUCAAAAUUUUUCUAAAAGUUCAGGUAGGUUCAGGUAUCAAAUCAAAAUUUUCUCAUUUUUGAGAAAAUUGGUUAAAGUAACAAAAAUAAGUUGCUAAAAUUACUAUAUUUUAGCAUUUAGUAAAAGGGUUGGAGAUGCUCAAGUGUUGAAAUUCUUGUGGGUUGAGAGAAUCGGGCGGUGUGUUGGGUAAAAUUAACCACUUUGUGUAUAAACUCGGGAUCCGCUUUCUAUCCUAAAAGCUUAAACAUGAUGCCUAAUGAUAUGGUUUCACCCUUCCAUAUAUGCGAGUUGUGUUUCUUUAUUUUGGAGAUAUACCCAUCGGCUUAAACUCUUUUGGGUUAUAUAAUGUGGAUCCCAACUAUAUAUGCAAGUAGCAUUUCUUUGUUUUUUUCCAGAUGUGGGAACUCCAACACAAAGUUUUUUAUGUUCAAUCGGAGUGGCGAAAUUGGGAAGCAAACUGUACAAAGUGAUUCACCACAAAAUGAGGGCAGAGCAGCUUAGUGGGAAGCUAAUGAGAAGAAAAACAAAUGUAAAGGGGACUAUGCCUGGCCACGACAUGCAAGUAUAGGCCCAUUGUAUCAUUAGGACUUUUGCAUUUAGGUGACAUUUUUUUCCCGAAGGACGUGCUGUUGUUGGUGACAGGCAGAUGCAAAGGUGUGUUUUUUGUUGGCCAUUUGGUACUUGGGUGGCAUGAUUUUGAUGCAUGUUGUGACUGUGAAGGAAGCUAGCUGGUUGUUUAAAUGGGAGCAACCAAUUACACUUAUUUUUUACGGAGUAUUUAAUAUUUACCUAUUUUUGUUCGAAUUAAAUUCUACUACUUCCG